GCGAGCAGAGGCGGCGGCGCGGAGAGGCGCAGCGGAGGGCUUUUGCCUGGUCUCGGACCCCCAGCGGCCGGAUGGUGAAAUCCUCCCUGCAGCGCAUCCUCAACAGCCACUGCUUCGCCCGAGAGAAGGAAGGGGAUAAACCCAGCGCCACCCUCACCGCCAGCCGCACCAUGCCGCUUCUCAGCCUGCACAGCCGCGGCGGCCGCAGCAGCGAGAAUUCCAGGAUGUCCUCCAACUGCUGUAGUCACCUGGGUCCGGGGCCUCGGUGGUGCUCCGAUGCCCCUCACCCACCCCCGAAGAUCCCAGGUGGGCGAGGGAAUAGCCAGAGGGAUCGGAGUCCGCCAGCUAAUUUAUUGUACUCGGAUAAUCGGCUGAAUGUGACCGAGGAGCCAACGAGCAACAGCAAGACGCGGAUUCUCCAUGUCCAGUCCCGCCUCACCGAGGCCAGGACCAUCCACUGGAGAGCAGUGCUGAGCGGACGCGGCCUCUACAUCGAGAUCCCAGGGGGUCCGCUGCCCGAGGGAAGCAAGGACAGCUUCGCGGUGCUGCUGGAGUUUGCCGAGGAGCAGCUGCAGGUCAAGCACGUCUUCAUCUGCUUCCCCAAGAACCGGGAUGACCGAGCUGCCCUGCUCCGGACCUUCAGCUUCUUGGGCUUUGAGAUCGUGAGACCCGGGCACCCCCUUGUCCCCCAGAGACCUGACGCUUGCUUCAUGGCCUACACAAUGGAGAGAGAGUCCUCGGGCGAGGAGGAGUAGGGACCGCGUGCCCCUUCCCAAACGCCCGCACCCCCUGCAGGCACCCCAGGCCCACACUUUCCCGGGUUUGGUCGCAUGUUGUGAUUGUGCAAAUAAACGCUCCAAAUUAGCCCGCUAGUUCUCCACGUUUAAUAUUGUGUUUGUGAUACUGAAGUAUUUGCUUUAAUUCUGAAUAAAAGUUUCUAUUUUACUUUGGUGUGGCUGGUCCAGGCUGAUUGGGACCCCCUGCCCCUGCUCAGAACCCCAAUAAAGUGACCUCAAGACCUGUGA